AUGGAUCUAAUAGUUUUUGUCUUUUUUCUGUUACAAUCCCAUUUAGAUAAAACAAUGAAUAUCUCAUGUGAAUGUGCUCAUAUUAUUGAGGAAAAUAAGUGUAAUAAUUCGCAAAAGUGUUUAUGGAAUAAUAUGAUAGAAAAGUGUUAAAUAGAUUUGAAUGCUGAAUCUUAAAAUCAAAGUCUAUCAUAUUGUUCAUAAUUUGUGGAGGACGAAUGUAUUUUAAAUAAAAAUUGUGCAUUUCAUUUUGGAAAAUGCUAGGAGUUUACGAAAUGUGAAGAUUUAUUGAAAGAUAAAUGUUUGUCAUCAUCCUUUUGGUGUAUUUCAAACGGAUAAAUUUGCAUUCCGAAGAAUGAAUGCCAAGAUUAUUUAAAUAAAGAGUCAUGUCAAAAUAAAAAUAUUCAUGGGAAAUUUUGUAUAUGGGAAGCAACAAAUGAUGGUUAUAAAUGUUAAAAUAUAGAAAGUUGUGAAGAAUUGCCUUAAUUUUUAAAUACAGACAAUGAGUGCAGAGAGUAAAUCAAGUAUUGCACAACAUCUAAUUAAGGUGGAUGUAUGAGAUCAAAAGAUUAUUGUAAUAUGUAUACUGUACAGGAGCAAUGCUUUGAAAGUUCUCAGAAUGUUAAAUGUUUUUGGGAAGAAAAAUUAAAGAAAUGUUUUGAAAAAAAUUGCUCCAAUAAAUAUUUACAAAUUCAUAUUGAAUGUUAAAAUUUUUUAUCAAAUUGCACCACCGAUGGCACUAGAUGCAUAGAUAAAUCAUCUUGUUAAUAAUAUUAAUAAUAAUAAGGAUGUGUAAUAGAUAAUCUAGGAAAUCCUUGCAUCUUUUAUUAAGGAUAAUGCUAUUAAAAAAAUUGUGAUUAGGCUCCAAUAACAGUAAACUCAAUGCUUUAAUGUUAAUCAUUUGAUAAUGGCAAUUAAGCCUGUGUUCCAAAAAAAAACGGAGGAUGUAAAAUCAAACCGUAUUAAUGUGAUUAAUUAGAAACAUAAGAUUCUUGCUUAAUAGUUAAUUAAUUGUCUGGCAUAUAUUGUCUAUGGAAUGAAAGAAUAUAACAAUGUAAAGUAAAAGAAUGCAAAGAUGCUCCUCUAAAUUUUGAUCAUAAUUAAUGUAUAUAUUGGUUGGAUGAUUAUUAAUGUAUAAGUGGACAAGGAAACGGCUGUAUUGAUAAUUUUGAAAAUUGCAAUGACAUUAAGAAUCUAAAAAGUUGUGUGAAAAAUAAAAAUAGGAAAUAAUGUGUUAUUGAAAAUGAUGAAUGCUUUGAAGAACAAUGUACGAGUUUUAAAUAUCCUAAAUAUGAUACAGAUAUAAAAUGUUCAGAUAGAUUAAGCAUUUGCACUUACAAUUAUUUAACUAAAAGUUGUAUUAACAAAGUAUGUGAAAAUUUAUCAGAAAAAUAAUGUAAUUAUGAUUUUGAAAUGAAUAAAUGUAUAGUUCCAUCUGGUUGUUCACAUAAAAAUUGUGAAUCUGCAUCAUUUUAUUUAAGUUCUUAUGAAGAUUGCUAAAAUUGGGAUAUUAGAUGUACAAUAAAUGUAAUUGUAACAACAAAUAUGAUAUAUAUGAAUGGGUGUAUUACAAAAUAUAUGGAUUGUCACCAAUUUAAAUAUUAAUAAUAAUGCAUGUCAACAUUAUAAGGAAUUCCUUGCUAUUGGAAUAUUGAGACAAAAUUAUGCUAAUUUUAAACUUGCAAUAAUGCUCCUCUGUAAUUUAAUACAAUAUCUUAAUGUUAAGAAUGGGUUAAGUAUCACACUUAGAAAUGUGUUAAUAAACAGAAUGGUGGAUGCAUUGAAUAAUUUCCUUAAUGUUAAUAAUUGACUGAAGAGUUGUAAUGCAAUAUAGGGGCAUUAAACAAUUCAUGCUAUUGGAAUACUUAGACAAAUAAAUGUGAAGAUAGGACUUGUUUGAAUGCAAGUACAAAGUUGAAAACUAAUUUAUAAUGUAGAUAAUGGCUAUCAUCUUGUAAAUUAAGUAAGUCUGGAUUUGGAUGUGAAAUUGAUUCUGGAAUAUAUGAUUUAUGCACUGAUGCACCAGAGAUAGAAUUGUUUAGCACUCAUGAAGAAUGCUAAGCAUGGAAUCCUAAAUGUACACUUAAAUUAGGUUCUAGUUGUGCAACUAAAUUAAAUUGUGAAAACUAUUCAACUAACAGUGAAUGUUUAACUGAUAUUAAUAAUUAGCCAUGUCAGUGGAAUGGAACAAACUGUUAAACAAAGAAGUGCAAUGACAUUUUAACUAUUCCUACUACUUCUACUGAUUGUUAGAACUUUUCUCCUUUAUGUACAAUUUCAACUGAUAUUGUUAUAUGUUAAGAUAAAAAAUCAAAUUGCAGUGAUUAUAAUAAUAAUAUGUCCGAUUGUUAAGUUAAUUCUUAAGGUUAAAAAUGUUCAGUGGACACUUAAACCUCAAGUUCAGAUUCAACUUCAGAUACAACUUCAGCCUCAAGUUCAGGCUCAACUUCAGAUACAAGUUCAGGCUCAACUUCAGCAUCAAGUUCAGCCUCAACUUCAGGCUCAACUUCAGGCUCAACUUCAGGCUCAACUAAAGCUCAUUCUUCAGCUUCACGUCUAGCUUCACAUUCAUCUUUAACUUAAACCUUAACUUGCGUAGUUGCAAAAGAUUUAACACAAGCUUAAUAUUAUAGUUGUAGCUAUGAUAAUAAAGGUCCAGGAUUUCUAUAUUAAUAUUUUAAUUCAAUUACUUGUAUUGAAACUCCCUCAUCAUGUGAUUCAGUUCCUUAAAAUUAAUGUAAUCUAAUUGUAACAAAAAACAAUGAAAUAUGUUCUUAUAAUGGCACCCAAUGUGUUGUCCUCAGUUAAAUAUCAAAUUCUGAGGAAGAUUGUAGAAUAAAAGAGUCAUAGAAGAGUUAGCGUUAAUGUAAAUUUUAUUCAAAAUAUUGUGAAUUAGAUUAUAUUUAAUAUACUAAUUGUACUUUUACAUCUUGCUUAAAUGUUUUAUAAAGUUAAUGCAAUUUAAUUACUUUAAACAAUAAUAUUCAAUGCUCUUGGAAUAACUCUAAAUGCCAAACCAGAAGUUGCAAUUAUAUCAAUGAAGAACCUAGUUCUGUUGAGUAAUGCAUAUAAUGGUUAGAUUCUUGCUCGUAUGAUUAAAUAACAAGGAGUUGUAUAGAGAGGAUAUCAUGUUCUUAAGAAACAUCUUAAUAUAUAUGUAACAAAGUUUCAUAUAUCAAUCAAUCAGGGUAAAAAAUGUAUUGCUUUUGGAAUUCAAAUACUUGUUCUGAUAUUACUACUUGUUCAUAAAUUAAAAAUCCAACUUCGCAUUAAAUGUGUCAAGAAAAAUUGGCAACUUGCACAUCUUAAACAACUGCUUCAACCACUGCUACCUGUAUUGAAAUCCCUUUAUUUUGUAAUUAGAUUCAAAAUCAAAAUUAAUGCCUAUAGAAUUCUAAAUUUGAAAACUGUGUUUGGGAUUAUGGAAGAUGCUUUUAAAAACCUUGUAGUAUCUAAUUUGAGAUUGGUAUCAGGCCUAAUGCAUUUAAAACUUGCCAAUUGUAGCAACCAUAUUGCGUGUAUAAUCCUGAAAAAUUUCAAUGUGUAGAAAUAGAUUAAUGUUAAUUGAUUCCUAACUUAGAUAUUAAUGCAUAGAAUUGUGUAAAUUUUAGUUUACUUUGUAGAAUUAAUGAAUAAUAUAAUGGAUGUAUUAGAAAUACAAAAUGCUCAUAAUCAACUACCUACUUUGAUUAUACAUGUGAAUCCUUUCUAUUGUAUAAAAAAUGCAGAAGAAAAGAGUUUAUUUAUAGUUGUUAACCUUAGGCCUAAUUUUGUCAAGAUUACUAAAAAUAAGAAAAUUGUAAGUUUGAUUAUCACUAAAAUAAAUGUUACUGGAAGGCUACUUUAAAUAAAUGUAUUGAUUUUUAAUGCAAUUAAAUUGAACAGUCGGUUUAAACCCAUUCAGAUUGCUAAUAAAUAUCAUCUGAUUGUACUAUCAAAAUUUAAAAUUCAAUAUCUUCAUGUUAAAAUCUACUUUAAUGCGAUGAAUAUUAAGAUGAAUAUUAAUGUGUUAUCAAUUUAAAUCAUAAGAUAUGUAGUUGGAUUGAUAACAAAUGUAUUUUUGAUAACUGUAGGAAUGCUGCUAAAAAUAUGAUUUAUGAUAUUGAAUCAUGUGAGAAUAAUUAUGGUAGUAAUUGCACUAUAAAUGAGGAUAGAUCUGGAUGUAUAAUUAAACAAAAAAUGUGUAAAAAUUACAAUUAAUUCUAAUGUUUAACUCCUAAUCAAAGAAAUUUAUCUGGUUUACACUGCUUUUGGGAUUAAAUCAAUUAAUUUUGUUCAGAACUGAUUUGUGACUAAGCUCCUUAAAGUUAUAAUUAAUUAUAAGAGUGUUAAUCUUUUAAUUACAAUUGCUAACCUUCUUAAUGUAGAUUGGUUAAAUGCGAAGAUUUUAAAUAUAAUUCAGAUAUGAAAUGCUAGUUUGCACUUUCAAAUAGUUAAUGCACUACAAAUGGUUUAUAAUGUGUAUAAAGAAAAUAAUGUGAAAAUGUAAUCAAUUCUUCAGGAUGCACUUAUUCAAUUGAUUUUCUAGAUUGUUAAUGGUUAGAAGAUGAAAAUUAAUGUGUUCUUAAAUCUUGUGCUUCUGCACCUAAUAGCAUAUAAACACACUAAUAAUGUUAAGAGUAUUUCUAAGGAUGCACUGCUAAACUAAAUGGAGGUUGUAGUUAACUAACAACAUGCAAUUCAAUAUAAACUAAAGAAGGAUGUUUAAUAGAUUAAUUUAACAUGAAUUGUUUAUGGGAUGAGAAUACGAAUCUAUGUAUUUAUCUGGAGUGUGAUACUAUUUGUGGAGAUGGCAUUGCAGGAUUGAAUGAAGAAUGUGAUGAUGGAAACUUAUUACCUUAUGAUGGGUGUUAUAAAUGCAAAGUAUAAUGUUAAUAUGGAUGUAAUGUUUGUGAGUCUAAAAUGUGUUUAGAUUGCAGUAUUGGUUAUGAAUUAAGUUCAGAUGGUUAAUGUUAUGAAAUUUGUGGAGAUGGUUUAAUUAUUGGAAAGGAAGAAUGUGACGAUAUGAAUCAAAUCAAAGAGGAUGGCUGUUUUACCUGUAAAUUUUAGUGUCAUAAACAAUGUCUUAUAUGCGCUUAAGGCUUAUGCUAACUUUGUUAAAAUGGUUGGGAGUAAUACAAUAAUUAAUGCAGAUCUGUUUGUGGAAAUGGUCAGUUGGUUGGGGAAUUUGAACAAUGCGAUGAUGGCAAUAAUGAUAAUUUUGAUGGUUGCGAUGCUAAUUGUAAUGUUGAAAAAGAUUGGGUUUGUAAUUAAUCAUAAAUUACUGGAAUGAGUGAGUGUAUAAAUUAAGAAGCUCUAAAAGUUCUCUUCGAAAAUCAAUCCGAAAAAAGAGAUAGUGAAUAAAUUAUCAUGAUGUAAUUUAAUUAGUAAAUAAAGUUGAAGAUGCUUUGCAAUUUAGAAGAUUAUAUUAAAAUUAAUGUAACAAAGAAUGUAAACUUUGAUUACACUAUAGUUCCUAUUAAAUAAGCUACAACAACAUUAAAUAAUGUUUAAUAUAGAAUAUAAAUAUCAUUAUAAGAAUCAGUUGAUCAACCUUUUGCCACCGUUUCAUUUAUAGAAUCAGUUGUUAUAAAUAAUCUCAAUCAAGAGUUAAUUGGAUUAUCUUCAACUAUAAGUUUAGGUACUCCUCUUAUUUUAUCCCUUGAAGCAAAGAAUCGAUUGGAUAGUGCAAUAUAGUUUAAUGAAAUCAUGAUCUAUGUAUUUAUAGCAUCUUCCACUCUCUCAGUAUUAACAGGGAAUUUUGAUUUAUUUUUCAAUAUGCUUGCACUCUUAUAACAAUUGUCCUAUGUAAGAUAUUUAGCUGUACCAUAUCCUAGUCAUUUAGAACAAUAUUUAAAAAUUUUUAAAAUCAUCUCAUUCUAACCUUUGUAUGAUAAAUUAUAGAUUGAUUAUUAUUUCUCCAAAUUGAAUUUUGGUAAAACUCCUUUUAUUUAAUCAAAUAAUCCAAAAAAAGAGGAUCCUGAAUUAAAUAAUGCGUUUUUCCUUGUAAAUGCUAAGAGUUUUUAUUUAACUAUGUUCACUUCAUUUGCACUAUUUAUAGUUUCAAAAAUAAUCAAAAGGUUUGUUCAUUUUACAUAUAAUAGUUUAUCAUCUUUUAAGAAAUUUAGAGGUCUAAAAUUUUGUUUUUUCAUCUUCAAAAUUAUAAAAUAGUUUUCAGAAAAAACAUCAAAUUACUUUAUUUAUUCAGGGAUGAUAAAAGCUUUUAUGUCUACAUAAUAUUAGUUAAUGUACAGUGCUUAUAUCUAAUGUCCAGAAUAUCAUUUUAAUUUUUAAUUGUAAGAUAUAUUUGUCACCUUUAACUCUUUUAAUGCAUUAAUUGCUAUUUUAUUACCUCACUUAUUUCUCUUUAAAUCUAUUGUAGUUCUCAAAAAGUAGUAUAAAAUAACAGCUAAAAAUCAAUUUUCAAUAUUUUAUGAAAAUGUUAAAUAAACUUAUUGGGCCAGAUAUUUUAUACCUUUUUCAAUGGUAAAAGUUGCUGUUUAUAUGGGAAUAGUUUGCUUUCUUGGUAAUUCCCCAAUUAUUUAGGUUAUAUCAUUAACAAUAUUAUGUAAUGUUUACCUACAUUAUAUUUUGGUUGUUCAACCAUGUACUUAAAAAUUAGAAUUAAUCAAAAUAAUUGUAAGAGAAGUGACAUUUUUAAUAAUAGUCUCAUCCCUUUUUCCUUAUACAUUAGAAUUGGAUGAUCAAAUUAUUAGUUUAUUAGGAUGGAUUCAUAUAGGAUUGUUUUCAUUAAUUAUUGCAUCAAACAUUCUAAUAGAUUUUAUUAAUUAACUAACACAAUUAUUAAAUAAAUUUUAGUAAAAUAGACUCAAAACAUAACAAAAGAAAAAAUAAAAAGAGGCCUCCUUAUAUUAUAAUAACUUCAUUAUCAUUUCAGAUGCUAAUUUAUAAAACAAAAGAAUAAAAUCUUAUAAAUGA